CAGUCUGCCCGCGACCCGCGACCCGCGCACAGCCUCGAGGCUAGCAGUUGACGGGCGGCAUGGCCACCGCGCCUGGCCGCUAGCAUGGCGCACCCGAGCCGCGCUGACCCGGGCGCCAGGCGCUGCGUGCUCACGCUGGACGGAUACAACUACAUGAUAGUGGCGAGUCCUCCAGACGGCGAGGCGGCGAAGCCAGGCGAGAACCUGUCCGCCGCCGCAGCCGGGCGCAACGGCCAGCUCUCUAAGCAAGGCUCGCUGACCAUCGUGAGGCGCAGCAGCACCAAGAAGCUGCCCGGCUGCUCGCACACGGACGACUCCCUGGACGCAGUGGACCUGAGCACCGACCAGCUGCCGCCCGUCGACUCGCCCGACGCCUGCGACAAGGCCGCGCUCAGGCUGCGCUCGCUCCUGCGGCAGCUGAGGCGAGGUGAGAUCUCCGCUGAACUGCUCCAGAAGAACCUGCACUAUGCCGCCAGAGUCCUGGAGGCCGUCUUCAUCGACGAAACUAAGGACCACGGGGGCGAGGUGGACGCGGAAGCUGACCAGAGCGACUCGUGUCUGGGCGGGAGUCUGCACCGGGGUGCUGUGCCCUCCGCGCAGCAGAGACGCCUGCGGACUCCGGUGUGGGCCAGGCGCCUGGCGGACGAAGACGACGAGCUGUCCGAGGUGCAGCCGGACGCCGUGCCGCCCGAGGUGCGCGAGUGGCUGGCCUCCACCUUCACGCGCCAGCUGGCCACGGCGCGUCGCGGUGCAGACGAGAAGCCCAAGUUCCGCUCCGUGGCGCACGCCAUCCGCGCCGGCAUCUUCGUGGACCGCAUCUACCGCCGCGUCACCAGCACGGCGCUCAUGCAGUUCCCCGCGCCCGUGGUCCGCGUGCUCAAGACAUUGGACGACUGGUCGUUCGACGUCUUCGCUCUCAACGAAGCUGCCUCUUGUGAACCUGUCAAAUACCUCGGUUAUGAUCUUCUCAAUCGCUAUGGGAUGAUACAUAAAUUUAAGGUCCAGCCGGUGACGCUGGAAAUGUUCCUAUCGAAGAUCGAAGAGGGCUACUGCAAGUACAAGAACCCGUACCACAACAACAUGCACGCUGCCGAUGUAGCCCAGACCGUCCACUACCUGCUCUGCCAGACCGGCCUCAUGAACUGGAUGACGGACCUGGAGAUCUUCGCGACGCUCCUCGCCGCCAUCAUGCACGACUUCGAGCACACGGGGACCACCAACAACUUCCACGUGAUGUCGGGCACGGAGACGGCCCUCCUCUACAACGACCGUGCCGUCCUAGAGAACCACCACAUCAGCGCCACCUUCAGGGUCAUGCGUGAAGAAGACUGCAACAUCCUCCAGAACCUAACGAGGGAAGAGUUCAGGGAAUUCAGGACUUUGGUCAUUGACAUGGUGCUGGCCACGGACAUGAGCUUCCACUUCCAGCAGCUGAAGAACAUGAAGAACCUGUUGAGUCUGGCCGAGCCGAGCGUGGACAAGUCGAAGGCUUUGUCGCUCGUGCUGCACUGCUGCGACAUCUCGCACCCGGCCAAGCGCUGGGACCUGCACCACCGGUGGACCAUGUUGCUGCUGGAGGAGUUCUUCAGGCAGGGCGACAAGGAGCGUGAGCUGGGACUGCCUUUCAGCCCGCUGUGCGACCGCAACAACACUCUAGUCGCCGAGUCGCAGAUAGGUUUCAUCGAGUUCAUAGUGGAGCCGAGUCUGGGCGUGUGCAGCGACAUGCUGGAGAGCCUGCUGGGACCGCUCCGCCCCCAACUGGAGCCCGGCCACAGCCAGCCAGACAACGGUACGUCUUCGAGUCCAGAGCGUUCUUCCAGGUUCAAGAUCAAGAAACCCUGGAUAGCGUGUUUAGCAGAAAACAAGAGGAUUUGGAAAGAACAAGCAACACGAGAUGCAGAGGCGAGGCUACGUGAAGUGCAGUCGAGCCAGCCGGCGGGCGACGUGUAGCCGUUGCCUGGGGCAAGUUGGCGUUCCACACACACCAUGGCUGCGUGAGCCGUCUACUUACCGCAAGCUAUUCUAAAAUAGUAGCCCUUAUAAACACAUGAGUAUUUUAUAGAAGUAAAUAGGCUGGCCUUAAAUAAAAAUUUGAAAAGCACAAUGUAAAGACUUCCUCUCGGUGUAUGAACAUGGGCACAAAACGAGUGGAUGAAGAAUUCUACUAAUGCCUUACAUCAUUCCACAGAAGGUAGUAAGCUGUUAUGAUUAAUUAAAUCAUUUGCAUACAGUAUGUGCACUAUGUUUUGAAUAGUGAGUACAAUUAAACUUUUAACUGGCAGAGAUAUCUAAAUUUACAUAACAUAUGUAUAUUAUUUCGUGCGUCAUGAUUUUAAUAACAGCACUAGUGACCCAAUGCUCAAAACAUUUUAACUGCAUUGAAAUUAAAUUGUGUAGUCAAGGAAUAUUUCUGCGAAAACAGUAUGAAUUAUUAGAAAAAUAACACAUAAUUAACAUUGCAAUACGUAAUUGGUUUAUGGCACCCACUCAUAUACAGAAAAUGUACAUUUCUUUCUACAGUUUUAAUUUUAUUGUUCAAUACAGUUGCAAGAGAAUUCAAAAACCUUAAUUCGUCCUAAUGUUUUAUACUGGUAUUAGUUUCUAAUGUAUUUUAAACUUGUAAUCUGCUAGGUGUUUAAUUUUUGAAAAUAUAUUUGUAAAAUAACUA